AUGGAGAAAAGAAGGAGCAUGUAUAUUCUUCUUCGAGACUGCGAGGGCUAUGUGUUUGUUGACAGGUCGGCACUUGGUCUUCAGCCAAAAGCAGCACCCGCGCCGGUUUUAAAAGGCGAUUUACUCGAGGCUCUUCCACAAGCAGAGCAACCCAAAGAAACAAACAGAAUAGCUCUUGCUGGAGUCAAAAGAAAGGACUUGCGUCUUGAAUGUGAAAAGAGUCAUGUCAAGGAGUUGACUGUCACGAAAACGGAGUCACUGUUGGCUCUUUCUUCAGCUGCGUUCCGUUAUGAAAAAUUCUUAAACAUACAAGAUGUCGGGCAACAAGUAUGGCAA